ACGGGGCUCUGUGGAGUGGCGGCCCGGCUGUUCUCAGCCGCAUCGCCUGGCGAGGGUGGCGCGGCGUCCGCGGGUCGUGCAGCCGGCGACAAAGACGACCCGCGGCGGACGACGAUCCGGUUGGCAAGAGCCGCCGCUUCCGCUUCGCUGCUCCUCCGGCCACCGGCGACGCGGGCCCGUGGCUUCCUUCUCAUCGGCCCAGCUUACCCCGCCGGCCCCGGGGCUGCAGCUCUCCUGAAGCCGUAACGAGGCCCCGGGCCGCGCGCCCGCUGCCCCAUGUGAAGCAGGUUGGGCCUGGUCCCCGGCCCGCGCCCGGUUUCUGCUGCGGCCCUUCGGGCCUCGGGGGCCCAGUGAGGCGCCGCUCCUGGGGGGCGCGGUGACAGGCCGUGCGGGGGCGGAGGGGCCAGCUCGGUGGCCUCCUCUCGGCCCUCGGCUCCGCGAUCCCCGCCCAGCGGCCGGCAAUAAAGAAUGUUGAUGAGAGAACCAUUUUCCUUUUUCCCAAAUUAUUGAGCUGGUCGUCAUAAUGGAUGAUCAGCAAGCUUUGAAUUCUAUCAUGCAAGAUUUGGCUGUCCUUCAUAAGGCCAGUCGGCCAGCAUUAUCUCUACAGGAAACCAGAAAAGCAAAACCUUCAUCACCAAAAAAACAGAAUGAUGUCCGAGUCAAAUUUGAACAUAGAGGAGAAAAAAGAAUCCUGCAGGUUACCAGACCAGUUAAACUAGAAGAUCUGAGGUCUAAGUCUAAAGUUGCCUUUGGGCAGUCUAUGGAUCUGCACUAUACCAACAACGAGUUGGUAAUUCCGUUAACUACUCAAGAUGACUUAGACAAAGCUGUGGAACUGCUGGACCGGAGUAUUCAUAUGAAGAGUCUCAAGAUAUUACUUGUAACAAAUGGAAAUACACAGACUGCUAAUUUAGAGCCGUCACCGUCAUCAGAAGAUUUGAGUAAUACACAACUUGGUGCAGAGAGGAAGAAGCGGCUGUCUGUAGUAGGUCCCACUAAUAGAGAUAGAAGUUCCCCUCCCCCAGGAUACAUUCCAGAUGAACUACACGAGAUUGCCCGGAAUGGGUCAUUCACUAGCAUCAACAGUGAAGGAGAGUUCAUUCCAGAGAGCAUGGACCAAAUGCUGGAUCCAUUGUCUUUAAGCAGCCCUGAAAAUUCUGGCUCAGGAAGCUGUCCAUCACUUGAUAGCCCUUUGGAUGGAGAAAACUAUCCCAAAUCACGGAUGCCUCGGGCACAGAGCUACCCAGAUAAUCAUCAGGAGUUUUCAGACUAUGAUAACCCUAUCUUUGAGAAGUUUGGGAAAGGAGGAACAUAUCCAAGAAGGUAUCAUGUUUCAUAUCAUCAUCAAGAGUAUAAUGAUGGUCGUAAGACUUUCCCCAGAGCCAGAAGGACCCAGGGCACCAGCUUCCGGUCUCCUGUGAGUUUCAGUCCUACCGAUCACUCCUUAAGCACUAGUAGUGGAAGCAGUAUCUUUACCCCAGACUAUGAAGACAGCCGAAUCAGAAGAAGGGGGAGUGACAUAGACAAUCCUACUCUGACUGUCACAGACAUCAGCCCGCCCAGCCGCUCACCUCGAGCUCCAACGAACUGGAGAUUGGGCAAACUGCUUGGCCAAGGAGCUUUUGGUAGGGUCUACCUCUGUUAUGAUGUUGAUACCGGAAGAGAACUGGCUGUUAAACAAGUUCAGUUUAACCCUGACAGCCCGGAGACCAGCAAGGAAGUAAAUGCACUUGAGUGUGAAAUUCAGUUGUUGAAAAACUUACUACACGAGCGAAUUGUUCAGUAUUACGGCUGCUUGAGGGAUCCUCAGGAGAAAACACUCUCCAUCUUUAUGGAGUAUAUGCCAGGGGGUUCAAUUAAGGACCAACUAAAAGCAUAUGGAGCUCUUACUGAGAAUGUGACUAGGAAAUACACUCGUCAGAUUCUGGAGGGGGUCCAUUAUUUGCAUAGUAAUAUGAUUGUCCAUAGAGAUAUCAAAGGAGCAAAUAUCUUAAGGGAUUCCACAGGCAAUAUCAAAUUAGGAGACUUUGGGGCUAGCAAACGGCUUCAGACCAUCUGUCUCUCGGGCACAGGAAUGAAGUCUGUCACAGGCACACCAUACUGGAUGAGUCCUGAGGUCAUUAGUGGAGAAGGCUAUGGCAGAAAAGCAGAUAUCUGGAGUGUAGCAUGUACUGUGGUAGAAAUGCUAACUGAAAAGCCACCUUGGGCUGAAUUUGAAGCAAUGGCUGCCAUCUUUAAGAUUGCCACUCAGCCAACCAACCCGAAGCUGCCACCUCAUGUCUCAGACUAUACUCGAGACUUCCUGAAACGGAUUUUUGUGGAGGCCAAACUGCGACCGUCCGCGGAGGAGCUCUUGCGGCACCUGUUCGUGCAUUAUCACUAGCAGCCGGCGCCCGCUUCUGUGCCUCCGCCAGCUCCAUCCUCGGGUUCACCUUCUCUCUUACUGCACUUUCCUUUUUAUAAGAACCAGAGAUGGGAGAAAAAGACAAGAGGGAAAAGAUUUCUCUUGAUUCUUGGUUAAAUUUGUUUGAUAAUAGUAAACUAAAUUUUUUAUAUUUAAUCUUUUUUUUCUUUACAAGAACUUGAAACUUCUUUUUUUUUUAAAAUUUUUAUAAUGUACUGAUGUGGUUCAGAGAUAUAAAGCACUUUAGUACAUAGUUGCUCUUUUUAGUACAAACAAAUCAUUUGGAAUAUAUAAAGAUUGUAGUCUUGCCCUGUAUCACUGACAUGGAAGACAAAGAAAAAAAAGUGAUGUACAAUUUGUAGUUUUUAGUGAUAGUAUUUAAAUAGAUCCUUAUUUGUGGGGUGGAGCCCUAAACUUGAGUUUAGGGUAGGUACUCAACUUAAAGAAUAUAGGUUCCUUCUUAUAUCUGUAUUCUUUAGAUCCUAACCUCUGUCUAUCAAGCUUUUUUGCUCAGUAGGAAUCUUGAUUAGGAGAUGCGAAUCUCUAAGAGGUAUGUUCGUUAAUCCUAAGCAGUAUAAUAGGCAAAUACAUUAUAGUGGAUCCAUGUUACUGGAAUCUGUAAGCCUUGAGAGACAGCUUUCUGCUUAAAAUACUGUUGUAUUUGAAAGCAGAGUAUGUGAAGCCAAUGAGUAAAUUCAACUAAAACACAGACGACUGCUCAUUAGAUGUAUGAGCGGUAGAAUAGACCACAUUUGCCAGUCAGUAGAAAUAAUGGAAAAAAGAACCAAGUGUCAUUUAGUAUAUUUUAAACAUUAUUUACUUGAUGGGAAAGUCCCCAAAUGAAGGGAACUGAGAAAUAAUAAAAAUUGUAUAUACUAUCUUCCUAUUUCAAGCCCCUGGUUUCCUAUUGGUAACCGUCUUUAGCUCACAUACCCACUUGUUAAAGUUCCUGUCAUGAAAUAAACCCUUGUUCUUGGGAUCACAGAGUACUAAGCCAGCGGGACCUCAGAAGAACAAACAUCAGGUAGACCUGAGAUCAGUGGUGGGGAGUCAUUCACUUCACCUGACAUCUGGCAGUGCUUGGAGACACUCUGUUGCCGUAACUGACAAGGUACUACCAGCAUCUAGUGGGUAGGGUUGGGGUGCUGCUAAGUAGACUAGUGCACAAGGACUCUUCCCAGGAAUCAUCCUGCCACAGAAGGCAGAAGUGCCUAGAAGGAAAACCCAGUUAUAAGCCGAAAGCAGCCAUUCACAAAGCAGUAAACACAGAUUUCAGAGGCAAGAUGCAGGGCCAUGAGGGUCCUGAGAGAUGACGAUUAGUCAGGGGUGCACAGCUCAACACAGCAGGCAACAGUCGGUCCUUUGACAGCUGCUGGUUGUGCUUGAAUCACUAUCUCUUUAGAAAUAAUGAAUUUGAGUAUUGAACCUUUUGAAUUUUGCAUCUCUGUAUAUUGUUUCCUUAAAAGUCAGCUCAUCCUUCUAGGCCCAGAAAAGUAUACCAAAACAAAGUGUUUGCUAGCAGUGGGAAAGUUAAAACACUGCCAGAUAGUUCCAGUGUAAGCAUCUACUUAGAGCCAUGUCAUUAAAUGGAAAGACUAAGCUGGGGAAGAUCCCGCUGUCUCUAGUAGAAUUAUGAGACUUGAAAAACAUGAAGGUGUCAGUAAUUUGGCCAUUGAAAUUUUUCAGCAUAUUAAACCAAGUGCUAAGUAGUUUAUUUUUAAAAGUCUAGACGAUAACAGUCUUCCAGGAGACCCUGAAUGGGAUACUUUUCAUCAGAAGGGACUAAAGAGUCUGAUUUCAUUGUUGUUGUUAUUACAAGGUAUGUUUAUUUAGAUAUUUUUUAAGUACUUGGCUUCUGAAGUUAUGUAGAUCUGACUUUAAUGUAUCAAGAUCCUAUCUAGCAUACCUUGUAAUAAUUUUUGAAAUUCCAAUAGUCUAAGAGUCAGCGCACAAAAUGUUAGUUAACACUUCUCCUGUACACUGUCAAGCAAAGGAAACCCCUUACAAAGAACAAGCAUUAGGUGUCUCCCACCUCAGCAAAUCUUAAUCUUAUGCUGGAAACCUAACGUGUGCGUGUGUUCUAAUUUCUUUAUCUUUUAUGAGGGAGGGCAUCUUUUCUACUUGAGCAAAAUUAUGGUACCUGGAUUGCUGGGGUUUUAUUUUGUUUGUUUUGUUGUUUCUUUGUCUGUAGUCUGGUUGUGAUUUCCCUUUGGCUCAUAUUUGGUCCAUCAGGGUAACGUGCAGUACAGAAGAGAGACAAACACUCUUCAAAAAGAUACUUGCACACUGGAACUCAAAGCAGUUGUUAGCUUUUCAACAGUCUCCUAUUUCUUUUCUAAAUUCAGUAGUAAAUAGCUGCAUCAGAAUACUUUUGCUUUAUAAGAAGAAUAAAAUUAUAAAGACUUAAAAAUAGACUAAUAGUUUACAGAGUUAUUAUAUUGAAUAUGAUGUGAAUUUAUUUCAGACCAGUUGUGAAGGUACCAAAAACACAAUAAAAGUUUAUAUACAUACAUAUAUAUAUACAUACAUAUGUAUAUACACAUAUAUAUGUAUAAAAGUAUACACACACAUAUACAUGUGUGUAUAUAUAAAAGCGCAAACCCUGCUAGAGCAAAAAAGCUUGAAGUAGAUAGGGGUAUGGGACAUGGAAGGUCAAUAGUAAAUUUAAAAAAAAGAAAUUUUUGAAAGGAAACAAUUUGUCAAAGGAAGUAAAAUAUUACACUCCAUUUUUUUUUCUGCCUAAUAGUAUGGGCUGACCGAUGAAGUUUGAAUUUUUAAAAAUGACUCUAAAUGUAUUUUGUUUUUUUAAAUGCACAACUAAUUCUUUGGUACUGCAAUGUUUCUUUGUGGCUGGGAAAUGGCCAGACUUCUGACUUUGUGCCUUUACAUGCAUUCUGCAUUGCCAGUAGCAGACUUCCGGUGCUGGAGCUAGAUCCACUAGCAGCAACAGAUGUGCUUUCAGGAAGCACCUUCUGCCGAGGCCCUGAAAGAGUCAAAGUGGUGUGACAGGAGUGAGUCAAGUGGAGACCUUGCACAGUGCAAACAAAGGGUUGAAAAUGUAACUAGUCCAGUUUUUGAUGGAUUGGUAUUUCAAUGUAUUGAAGUUAUACAUACUUUGAGGUUUUCAGAAUGAAUGCCUUGAAAAUUUUCAGCACUUUUCCUUGUUUACAAAAAUAUAUUUCUAACUUUAAGAACAUCUAUAACUAUUGCCUUAGAAAGUAUUAAGAGGCACAAUCUACAACAUAUGAGAAGUCAAAUAUUAAUGCACAUGCUGGACUAUAAAAGAGAAAUUAAAACUGUUAUUUCAGAAUAAAUUGAAUUGGCUUUCAUUUGAGUCUUACCUUGUUCCCAAUAGAAAUUACAUAAAAAGUAAAAAUAUAUCUUUAGAGUAGCUUUCUGCUACUAAGUUCUGACAUUGGUCAUGUCUGAUCUGUACUACUUCUGAAAUAGAGUUGUUAUAAAAUAUGUGAAAUCACUAAGAAAAUAAAAUCAAACCUGAAUAGAUUGGCAGAUGACCCAGCAUGAUGCAGACUCCUUGGCUAAUGGCAGAGUUCACGCCAAAGGUUUCAUUUGGGGUCUUGAGAACCUUCAUAUAAAUUCAGCUGGAGUCAACCAGGUACACAAAUAUAUGUCUUAUUUUAAUUUGUGUUUUUGGAGUCAGGGUUCUCACUAUGUGUUUCAGGCUGGCCUGGAACUUAAAUGCUCCUGCCUUUGCUUCCCAGGUGCUGGGAAAACAGGCAUGCGCCACCACACCCAGCUUUGUCCAUUUUUUUAAAAAAUAGGGUCAAUCUUUUUCAUUUUCUAACUCAAUAAUUGUGAUGUGCUAUGUCACAUAAAUUAAUAUCCUUCAGGAAGUUAUAGUUGAGGAGGAGAAUGGGCAGACAAUUACUUAAUGGCAUACCCUAACUCUGAAAGUUUAGCAGUGAUGUUUAAAAUACUAGGAUUUUUAUAUGAAAUAAUAAGGAAGAAAUUUUGGAUAAUUGUUGGCUAUUGUAGACUCCAAAGACAUUAACAAGAAGGAUUAGAGUAUAACUAUCCCAAUAUCCCAGGUUAGACAACCUCUCUGUUAGAACCUGUUCUUAUUGCACCACGCAGCCCCAGACUGUUCUGUGACAAUGGAGCAUUUAUUCCUUAGCACACUGUAUUGGGGUUCUCCCUGACCCAGCUGUUGUUACUGUUUUAGUUUGGUUUUUAAGGGGGAAAAUAACCCCAAACUUUAUUUUAGUUUUUAGGUGUUAAAAUACCCAAAAUAUUUGAUAGAGGUUGAACUCCCACCAAGUGUUUCUUAUGCUAAGAUCAGGUUUUUUGAGACUCUAUUGUUUUAUCAUUAAAUUUGGCAUUUACUUUUAGAUGUAACAUUCAUAUUUAUUUGACUUUAACACUGGUUAAACUUCAAUGAAAAGCAAUUUGUUAAUUUUUAGUAGUGCCUUUUUCUCUGUAUGCCUUAAUUUUAUUUUAUAUUUGUAAUUCAAAUUACCUAACAAAAUGAAGGGUUUUCCAAAAGCACUAGGCCUCAAGAGUUUAUUUGGCCUUGGACUGUGUGCUGGCCCCUAUGUGUUUCUUAUUGCUUAUUUCCUCCUCUUACCCUCUCUACCUCUUUUUUUUAAAAGUCGGAGAAAAACAGUAGUUCUGAUUGCAGUCUCCACUAGAUGUGAAGUCCUAAAAUAACUAUAGAAAGGUAUUCUCAUUCUAAAAGACAUAGUAAAUUGAUUUUUGAGUUGAUUACUUGAUUUUUUCAGUCAUAUUGGCACUGUCCAAGUUCUUUGUGUCUUAUUAUUCGGUUAUGGUUUUCAUAGAACUAGGAUUGUUGCCUUGCCCUAAAGAGCUCCUUUCACAAAUGUUGAGGCAAUGAGCAUGAAAUCCAGGGACAGCGAAUUCUAAUCCUUAGUGUUUAACACGUUAACUAAUAUUCUAGCUUACUGUUCUGUGAAGUGUGUGUGUGUGUGUGUGUGUGUGUGUGUGUGUGUGUGUGUGUGUGUGUAUAUUUGUGUUUGGAGCUGGGGCAGGGGUAGGAAGGAAGGUGUAGUUGUUCAGUUAGAUCUGUCUCUGUUCUUGGAAGAACAAUUGAAAAUAUAUGAUCUACUAAUGUGGGGUGAGAAUGGUCAUCCUCAAGUAGGCAUGCCAGUAUAUUUUCCGUAAGUAGCUAGUACAAAUGAUUGUUUAAUAAAGGUAUUUAUUGUAAAUUGCCGAGCUCUUAGUUGCUAAAAGUAGGUUAAAAUCAAUUUGUGUGUUUGUGUGUAUAAUAAUUAGCUUAUAUAUAAUUCUUAAAUAGAAAGUAUUCAAUCUUAGCUAUUUCUCCAUGAACUUUGUGGAAUAGAAAUUCUGCCAGACAUUAUCUAACCUAACCAACUUCCUUAGCUUACCAAGUCAUCAAAAGGAAAUAUUGGUAUACCUCUUAUUGGUUGGUUAAGGAAGGUGUGCUGUGAUGCCACUGUUCCUACUUCUUAGUCAUCUUUCGUGUUGCUUUGACUCCUCCCAUUGUCCAGACAGGAUGCCAUAAGAGCUGUGGAAAUACCAGGGCCAUCCUUCUCUCCAUUCUCACUGUUCAGAGUUGGAGAGGAUAAGUUUUCAGGGGAACCUAGACAUUUCGUUUCUCAGAGGUACUAAAAGUGGUCAAGGUUGAGCUUCAGGAAGGUAAGGGAGGAGUUAUAGCUAUAGUAAAGAAAUGAAUAAAUUGUAUCCAUUGCCUGUAUACAGUCUCAUAUAAUUCAUGGUUUUUGUGUUUGUGUAUUUUAAUAGACAGUCAUAAAGUAUUAGUCAUAAGGUAUUGUUUCCUAACAGCGAAGACAUUAAAUAAGAGAAUACUCCUGUCCUUCUGCCUGAUGAUGUUUGUAUCUCAGUCUGUAUUACCAGAAUCACUUUAAACCAAAGCUUUUGUAUUCCCUGCACAUAUAGCCAAAAUGACUAGCCCUGUUAAAUCUGCCCAUGUGUAAGCUAAGAGUACAUAAAUGGUAGAGCAGAUGCUAGUAGAAUUUGUAUGCCAAUCUAUCCUUCAAGGAAAAGGACAGGUGCUCAGUGUUUGCAUUUAGACAUGCAGAAUUUCCUUCAACUAUUGUGGAGCUAUAUAGAUUUGCAGACUUAAGUUUGUAUGUGUGCCAAUCUUACUGAUGUCUUUUGACCACUGAUGUAUGUAGAUUCACAUUGACAUCUGAUUCCUCAGAUUGGUGGCUUAUUUUCUUUCUAGUGUCUUAACAUUAAUGAGCUGUGUUUGACUUAAGGGACAUUUAGACAAUGCUGUGAAGAAAAGUAGGUCAUGAACUGCAGUCUGCUUUGUGCCAUAGACAUUUGGAACGUACAGAAGCAUCUGCUCUCUAGUUCUUUAAAGCUUACAGAAUCUGUCCCCUGCUUAGGAUUUCUGAAUCUUGUAAUGCCAGUUGAGAAAAGUUUAUGACUGCUUUGAAAAGCACUUUUGUGUUUAUUAUUUGUAUCUUUUAUAACUUUAAAAAAAACCAGUGUAAUCAGUGAUUUUAGCAUUAGCGUUGCUUAGAAGGGAAGAUAAGUAAUUAUAUGUUAAACUCUAGUAGAUGCUUUAUUUGACAUGUUCUUAUUUUUCCAAAGACUGUUUUUUCCACUUGCAGUAAGGAGAGUAGACAAGUGGGAAGCUAGAAGCCAGAAAGGCGCAUGGGCAAAAGAAAGUGGGCCAAACCCUCAUGAAUUAAAACCACAUUCUCUAGGGAGGAGAAUACUUCUUUAAAGACAAACAGUUGUGUUUUGUUUUUUUUUAUAAUUAGUAAGUAAAAGGUUUACAUUUCUUCUAUUGCUGUUGGUUUUUAAAAUUAGCCUGCAUUCUGAAAUAUUGUAACCAAGUUAAUACCAAAAAUACUUUGAACGUCUGACAUCUCUUAUAGUUCAUGUGGUUGUUUUUACUCAUUGUAAAUAAACUUGGAUAAAUUUGAAAACAAACUUUUAUCUUACAAACUAUGAUUAUCAAUUUGUAAAUUUACCCUUUGACUUAAUGUAAAUUUAAAAUGUAUCCAUUAAAUUCUCUAUAUUUAAUGUAUUAUUUUCAGCAAAUGUUUUUAAUCUCAGUUGAAUACUGGGCAGUUUGUAAUUAUGUAUAAAUAUUUUUUUGUUUCUUACCAAUGUUGACUUUUUUGCACAUUUUCCAAACAUUUAAUUUGUACACUGAUUUAUAUGACCAAUAGUGUUGAGUGUCUGCGAAUCAUGAGUGUGUGCAUUGAACUACUGUCUUCGUGUUUGCACUUCUUCCAGAUGUAGCCCUCAGUUACGACGCUGCUACAGUACUUAGUAGGACCUUCUUGCUUUUGCAGAGUUACCUUGUGUGGUUCUGUCUUUGUUGAGGAACUCAGGAGUUCAGUGUUGGAUUCUAAGUUUAUCCUGUAUUCUGAAUCAGUUCCUAGGUUGAAAGUAUUCUGUAUCAAGAGCUAUGGGUUUGUGUGGAGAUGUCCUUUUCCAUGUAUAGGUACAUGUAUAUAUCUUAGUAAAUUCUUGUUUUCAUUUCAUUUCUACAAUUUAAAGAACUUUAUGAUAAUUAAAUAUAUGUAAAAGCUUUCUGAAAGAUUAUUUACUAUAUAUAAAUAUACUAUAUUUUCAUCUGGCUGGUCAAAAUUAUUUUUUAAAUUUUGGUUUUAACCAUUUAAGCAUUUGUAGUUCCAGAAUUGGAUACAGAGUUUGCUUAGAGCUCAGUUAAAAUACUCUUGCAAUUAACAUCCUUUUUUGGGGGGUGGGAUGCAGGAUUGUUAAGCAGUAGCAAAACACACUGUCCACUAACAUGGCAUUUGACUUCUCAGAGCUGUUAAAAAAUGUGAGCAACUAAAUUGUCUUGAAGACAUGUCAAGAUUUUUAUAUUUCCAUUACUUUAGACCUGUCUGGCUAUUAUUUUUGAAUAUUUCCUUUAUUUCCAAAGUUUUCAAGUUUUAAUUUUUCUCUUACUGAGCAAAGUUAGACUGAGUUUAUGAAACAAUGCAUUGGCAUUGUGAUUCUUCACAGUUGACUACCAUUGUGUUAGGAAUCUCCAAAUACACAGUGUGUCUUUAUACUGUACUGUGUGUUUUAAGCAGCCGGCAGAAAGAGUUGGAAAUUAGGUUUCCCGUCUGACAAUGUUACUGUAUUCAAUGUUCAAUGGAAGCCUUCUAAAAGUAUGUGGUGUUAUAAAUGAUUUGUGUUAGGAAUAAAGUCUACAGUUGAAGUUGACUAUCACUAAGCUUAUUAGGUUGAAAGGAACCCAUGUGAUUAGAACCUACCAGAAGCCAGACACAGUGUAUGUAGUAUGUGCCACAUUUCACACACUUUUUGGGUUUGUUGUUCAUUCAAAAUUGUGAUUGUAAAAAAAUGUGUAAAACUUCUUGAGUUUUAUAAUUUCUAUGUAUUUUUCUCUUGCUGGUAAAUAGCUUUUUAAAAAUUUAAUAUAAAAGAAACCAUGUUUAUAUUUUGUUAGUGAUUAUGAGUUUGUUUAUAUGGCAAUUUGUGUAUUAUUGACACAUCUUUAUUUAGAUUUGUCAUGCAUGAAGGCCUGCGAUAUUUAGUACAGUGAGACAUACUUUUUCUUUCCUGUUCAUCUUUGGACGGAUCGUAGUACAGAGGCUUACUAUCAGUAAUCUUCUGGACAAUAGGAUGGACAUAAAUGAUGGCACUUUGAGUGUUAAUAAAGCUGGUAUUUAUUCCCACUGUGA